CUUUUGCGUCGAGGAGAACUCGUUCGUGAAGGACACAAUUUCAUCCACUGAAAGCAGUGGUUUCUAUAAUGAUUCUGCAACCUCCACUUCUAACGGAACUCCUGCAGCAUCUUCCGACCAUAUCAUGGCACCGCCUGACGGAACGUUUGCAGUUCGCCAGGCACUGUUCAAAAAUCUCCCCGGCAACUUCUUCCAAGCGAGUGCCCGGGCGCUCGACGCGGGUUCAGUGGUUUCCUACGAUCAGGGGGAAGUGUUUCGGAAUCUGGAGUUACCGCCUGAGGAUGAACUAAUUCUGGUCCCUGCGGAAACAUCGACUACGGUAGAGAGAAGUGGGGCAUUUGGUACAGCUGGUAGAGAUCAUGAUCAUCUAGACGACCACGACAUCACGCCUUCCUCUUCUCGCGUUGAUUUUGCGUUUGCUGCUGUGUACAAGAAGACAGGGGGACGCCAGAAAGAAGUCCUCGAUGUUGAAAAACCAUCGGGUGGCAGAGGCAUUGCUGGAGAAGACGAGUCUGCUGCAACUUUCGUGCCUAGAAGCACCCCCGAAGAGCAAGUCGAUAACAUCAAGCAGGCGACUCUAACAACAAAAGCAUCUUCAGUUGGAACGACAUACUACAGGCAGCACAAGGUCGCAAAAAUCCGCAACGCGACGCACUGGCACCACGACCCGCCGGCGCAGUGCUCCGGCUUCCACGC